CUUUCCUGUUUGAAAGUUGUAGAUAGAGAAAUUGGAGGUACAACAGCCCAAGAGGAUUCUUGUUCUGCUUUAUAACCAGAGUGGAUUGCUCUGGUUGCAAAUCCAGGCUCUUGUUUCAAAUAUCCUUCUACAGACAUUAUUCUUCUUCUGCUAAUAACCUUAAGUUGAUAGAGCUCUGUUGCGUGCUGAAAACGAACUGAGCUGCUCAGUCUUGGUUGUACUUAACAUAGAAACCCUAUCACAGAAAUCUGUUGUAAUCUGCGAGUCAAUGGCGAAGGUCGUUUACUAUUUGCACAAUUAUACCAUCUAUUUUGGUUUUGAAUAAUUGGCUCCAUUAUUUCAUGGUUUGUGAACAUUUCACACCUGAACUUAUUUUUUAAAGCUUAAAUCAUUGUUCUUCGAUUAUAAAUACUUCGAAAUUUGACACUUCUCUGAUACAUGUGAUAUUUUUUAAUCUUUUGUUGUCAGUAUUCGUGAUAGAGAUGAUGAAACGAGAAUAUAAUUUUCAUUUGUGCUGAGUGUUGUUCAGGGGUGGUAACUUCAUACCUAUGUAUAUUCACACAUAUGACUAUAUUUAAAAGUGCGGAAAUAUGAGUGACGUGUACCGAUGGCGCUGGCGCAGAGACGCGAACGGGGUUUGGUGGGGUUGGGUUUCGGCAAGGGUUCGGUACGAGAGAACUGCCGCAGGCUGCUUUCGGUUACCCAGUGAUCCCCCAGCUUGGUCGGGGUGCAAGGGUGAAAGAGGGUGCGGAUUGUGAACCUGCAUUGCAGCUGCGCGAAGUAUUGAUAUUUUGAUAUAAAAUGGCUUCAAUGAGACGGACCAAGGUGAUGAAAGUGUAUAGAUGUCCUACAGACGAACUGUCACUUACCAACUGCGCUAUUGUGAACAGAAAAGAUUUUCCAGAUGAUGUUAAGCAUAUUCAGGUGAGCACAGGAUCUUCACAGCAUUAUGUAUUCACAGUUCGAUUCCACCCAGAGGUGCCAGAGAAUUCUGUUGGGUUUAGUUUACCUCAGCGAAAAUGGGCCACUUUAUCACUUAACCAGGAUAUAGAGGUUAAGCCUUAUGAUUUUGAUCCCAUGUCAAGUACAGAAUGUUUGUGCUCAAUGACUUUAGAAGCUGAUUUUCUGCAGAAGAAAACGACAACAUUGGAUCCCUAUGAUACUGAUCAAAUGGCAAAGGAAUUCUUAAUGCAGUUUUCUGGUCAAGCCUUCACUGUUGGCCAACAGCUUGUAUUCAGUUUUCAAGAAAAAAAACUAUUGGGCCUUGUUGUAAAGUCAUUGGAAGCGGCUGACUUAAGUGCCAUAAAAGCUGGUCAGGAAGCUAAACCUAAAAAGACAAAAAUGGGUCGCUGCUUAGGGGAUACUAUCGUACAAUUUGAAAAAGCUGAAAGCUCUUCCCUGAACUUGGUUGGUAAAGCAAAAGGGAAACAACCCCGCCAGUCCAUUAUCAAUCCUGACUGGGACUUCCAGAAAAUGGGUAUUGGAGGACUAGACAAAGAAUUCAAUGCGAUUUUUAGAAGAGCAUUUGCUUCUCGAGUUUUUCCUCCUGAGGUUGUGGAACAGUUGGGCUGCAAGCACGUGAAGGGUAUUUUGCUGUAUGGUCCUCCAGGAACUGGAAAAACAUUAAUGGCACGACAGAUUGGAAAAAUGUUGAACGCUCGUGAGCCAAAGAUUGUCAAUGGACCUCAGAUUCUGGAUAAAUAUGUUGGAGAGUCUGAAGCUAAUGUUCGUCGUCUGUUUGCUGAUGCUGAAGAGGAAGAAAAGAGACUUGGACCAAACAGCGGUCUUCAUAUUAUUAUCUUUGAUGAGAUUGAUGCUAUAUGUAAAGCUCGUGGAUCUGUUGCUGGAAAUACUGGAGUUCAUGAUACAGUUGUGAAUCAGUUGUUGGCAAAGAUAGAUGGAGUGGAGCAAUUGAAUAACAUUCUCGUCAUUGGAAUGACAAAUCGACGUGACAUGAUUGAUGAAGCUUUAAUGAGACCUGGUCGACUUGAGGUUCAAAUGGAAAUUGGAUUACCUAAUGAAAAAGGCCGCUUUCAAAUUUUGAAUAUUCACACUGCUAGAAUGAAAGAUUUCAAGAAAAUUCAUUCAGAUGUAGAUAUAAAGGAAUUGGCAGUUCUUACAAAAAAUUUCAGUGGUGCAGAGCUUGAAGGCUUAGUUAGAGCUGCUCAGUCUACUGCUAUGAAUCGAUUGAUAAAGGCAGCAAGUAAGGUGGAAGUUGAUCCAGAAGCUAUGGAAAAAUUGUUGGUGAAUCGUGGAGACUUUCUUCAUGCUUUGGAACAUGACAUAAAACCUGCUUUUGGGUCAAGUGCAGAGGCAUUAGAGCAUUAUUUGGCUCGUGGCAUUAUAAAUUGGGGAAUGCCUGUAAGCGGUGUACUAGAAGAUGGUUUACUGCUCAUCCAACAAGCUCGCUGUACUGAAACCUCUGGGUUAGUCUCAGUGUUGCUUGAGGGCCCUCCUAACUCUGGGAAAACGGCCCUUGCUGCCCAGCUGGCAAAGAAUUCUGAUUUCCCAUUUGUGAAAGUUUGCUCUCCCGAAGAAAUGGUUGGCUUCACCGAAUCUGCCAAGUGCCUGUAUAUCAGAAAAGUGUUUGAUGAUGCAUAUCGUUCACAGCUAAGCUGUAUCCUUGUUGACAACAUUGAAAGACUGUUGGAUUAUGGACCAAUUGGUCCACGUUAUUCCAAUCUCACUUUACAGGCUCUUCUAGUUCUUUUGAAAAAGGAACCACCAAAAGGCAGGAAAUUGCUUAUUUUGUGUACCAGCAGUAGAAGACAAGUGCUGGAGGAUAUGGAGAUGCUUUCAGCUUUUACAGCUAUUCUGCAUGUACAUAAUCUCUCUAAAGCUGAGCAUUUGCUUGCUGUCCUUGAGGAAUCCGAUGUUUUCUCCAAGAAGGAUGUAGCUAACAUAAGCCGAAAAAUCCAGGGACAAAGGGUAUUUAUUGGUAUCAAGAAACUACUGGCUUUAUUGGACAUGGCUCGCCAAACAGAAGAGCAGUAUCGAGUCACAAAAUUCUUAACGAAACUCGAAGAGGAAGGAGCUCUUGGUGAAACAGGAAUAUCUUUGCAGUAAAAUCUUUGAAUUAUAAGAAUAUGUAUUUAAAAUUGAAUUGAUCCAUAAGAUAAUUUAUGUAAAGAAUUCAUCUAUUCCUGUUAGAUUAAUGGAGACAAAAUAGGGCAAUUUCAUGAAGUUUUAGGAUGCUUUUCAAUUUUGACUGAAUUAUUUCUGCAGUUGAAAUACUAAAACGAAUUGGAGCUUAAAGAUUUUUGGAAAUCAUGAAAAUAGUUGAAUAAUGAAGUUCAUGACCAUGUUUGCACAAUGGCAUGUACUAAACAUUUAAUCUGUAUUUAAUAUUAUCAUAGAAUUUUGUAUGUUUGAAACAUCUGUCUUGUGUUUAUGAAACAGUAAACAAGCCUGUGUGUUAAGAGAAAGUUUUGUGAUGUCCAAAUGAUCUUCUUAAAAGAUUAUGUCUUGAAGUUCUAGGCAUAUUAAUAUACAAAUAAGUUCUGCAAAUAACCUUUCCAGAAACCAUGUGGUUCAAGUUUAUUUUAUAUAUGAUUAAUUGCUCUCCAAUGUAUGUUUUGUAUACUUGUUGAACAUAUCACUUUGUGAUUAUAGUUUACUUUUAUCUUGGGUUUACAGAAAAACCAUUCUUAUAAUUUUGAUAAUUUAAUAUAUCUGAAGAAAGCACAUUUCUUUUUUAAGAAACACAAUAUUUAAAUUAAUUGUUAUGUAGUGGCAUUCUUUUGUGUAAAUGAUCUGUGACUAUUUGAGCAAGAUUUCUAAAUAUUAUUUUAUCGUGUACAAUUAUUGGAAUAAGUGAUAUUUUUCCGUGUGUGUCCAUUUCGUGGAGUUGAAAUGUUAAUGAAAAUAAAUUGUUUUUCAUAGAUUUGCAAAACAGAGAUGAAGGAACUUCAUACAUACAUCAAAAGACCAGAAAACAUUCCUGCUUUGAGAUUAUUAUUAUAUAUGUAUUUGCAGUAUGUAUUUGCAUAUUGCAUAUUUUUAUUAUGUGUGGUGAAAUAAAAUUGUUUGAAAAGAUUGGUUCAGAGUUGAGAAAUGCCCAUAUCAUUUUGUGUGAAGCUUAUUAGAAACUAUAAUCACUAGUUUGAAGGAUAGAAAUAACAUGUCAUUGGCAUUUAUUCUGUGAACUUCGUGGUUCUUGUACUGAUGAAACAAUUUUAAUGAGAAGUGUGCAUUAAAAACUAGACUUCAUAGUGUUGGUUCAGAAAUGUGAACACUAAAUAAGAAAAUUCUAAAAAGAACUGAAAGAUGCAAUUUUGCUUUUAACUUAGGAUUAGUGGAUGCACAAUAAAGUGUGUCAUAAAACUAUUUUUUGUGGUUAAAAAGAAAUGUAACUAAUUUUGUACUUAAGUUUCUUUAAUGAAAUCUAGAAAUGUGCCUAAUUGUAUUUCUCUAGCACUUAACUUAAUAAUUUCAAGAACAUUUCUGAAAGUGAAUAUUUGAUUAUUGGAGUUAAGUUAUGACUAUGUUUUGAUCAACAAACAAGGAAGGAAAAUUGAAUGCCCAAAUAUUAAAGAAUCAACCCUGUUAAAGAUGAUGUAUUAUAUUUCUUCCCCUGAAAAAAAGAGCUUUAUUUUAAUUAAAGUUUAAAACUUCUCCACUCAUGUUUUUGUCUUUCAAACACCCUGAAAGCUUCCAUACAUUGACUCCAACAGGGUUUCUUUUCUUUUGUUUUUUAAUUGUGCCUCAUAGAAGUGCUAGCUACUCCUCCAUUUAUUACAUCAUGAGUGGAAGUUUUAACUAUAAUUUUAAAGAAGUAAUUGUUGAUAAUGGAAAAAUAUGUAACAAAAUAACACCAUUGUUUCUGUUGUACUGAUAUUGGUAUAUAUUAGUAUACAGUAGAGCUAGUUUCAGAGAGAGUUAUUUGUUAAUGUAGUUGUUGAGAACUUUUUGACAAAAAGAACUUCUUACCUAGCUGCUAUUCUUCAACCUUUAGGACAGAAGGUUGAUUCAUGUAGUGUGACACUAUAUUCAAACUGAAAUGUUCAGUAGCUGUUGAUGUUUGCACAUUGUUCUAAUAGGACAAUUAAUAGGUCUUAAUAUUGGGCACAAUUUGUUUGUGGAAAAUUAUUAAAUACAGAUGUUUAUUACAGCCAGUAUAGAAUGGUGAAUAGUUUUAAGUAUUUGUAUUAUUGAUGUGUGUGCUAGUUUUCAAGAAGGCAAAUUCUAAAAUUGCAAUAUUAAAAUUCUAACUUGUAUGUAAAUGAUACUUAAUGGUACCUUAAUGUUUAUGAAGUUUAGUUGUUCAUGGAUGUGCUCUUAGAUUGUAUUGUGAACUAUUUAACUCAAGUAAUCUUUGUCUUUCUCUACAAUGCCUAUAUUUGAUGUUUGUUAUUGGUGUAAAUAUCUCUCUGAAAAUGGCUCUUGGUUUGUAUUUAGCUGUCUGCACGAUAUAAAUGCUGAAGUAUGUAUCUACAUCAAAUUAUAGUUUAAUAAUGUUCGGUUAUUUGAAUUUAAUGUUUAUUGAAUCUAGUCCACGUGUGAGAAAACAGCUGGAACUUUGGAAUGUAAAUGUGACGGAUAGAGGUAUUGAUAAAGUUUUAUAGUUCAUUGUUUUGUUAUACUAUUAAAACUUCCUUUGUACAUAUGUGUAUAUUUGCUAAGUUAUUGAUAUGUUUAUAGAUAUAUUUGCAACGAACAUUAAUUCACCAUUUGUGUUAACCAUUCCAAUAAAAAUCUAAUGAUAUAUUUUAUGUCAUGUUAAAAAAUUUACAACAGUUGAAAUCACAAUGAAUAGCAAUAAAUAUGUUAUUACUCUUAAUUCAUGUUAUUUAUUUUGUAUUGCUUGAAAGUUAAAUUAGUUUCUAAAUCAUGCCUAUUUUUUUUUUAUUAUUUCAGUGUAGAUUGUAAACUAUUGAUGUGUUGGCCUUUUGACACUGUGUGAAAGAAAAUGUAAAAUUGGCUAGAAGGUUGACAAAGGAAUUUGAAAAUCCAUGUGUCAUUUUAUUUGAGACACAGUUCCACACAAACAUUUUUAAUUUGCUAUGAAUUUGGAAUGAAUGUGCCUUGAAACCAUUGAGGUAUUUGUAAGUUCUUUAUACUUUCAGCGGGUGACUGACAAAAAACUGUGGAACUGUGGGGAAAGAUUCAAAUUUAUAGAGGUUUCAAGGAUGAUCACUUUUUUACUUCGUUGCAUGCGGCUUAUGAUUUGUAGAGAAAGUAGUGUAAUGCUGCAAGGGAAACAGCGGAUUUCUAACUUAAAAAUUCUUAUUGGUGGGCCUUGGUAAGAAAAAAAUCAAUAAAUCUUGCUUUUAUAUGUUGUAAAUGACUUUCUGUAUAAUGUGUAUUCAGAAUCCGUUUUGUGGGACCUAUACAUCGAAAAAUCAAUAGCUAGCAAAACGCCCACCUGUUUGCGUUCACCUAAAAUCGUUCAGACAAUUUUUUUCAAAAUAAAACUCUCCGAUGGACUGAACAAGCUCAAAGCCCUGCGUGUUAGAAAUUGAUACAUUGAUUUUGGAGUUUCUUA